AUGCAUUCCUCCUUGAACCGCAUCCAGUCCGUAUUCGGCUUCUUUACUACAGUCGCGCUGGUCGUCAGCGCACUGGCAGCCGUCUCGGUCAUCCUCUUCCCAGCAGACGAGACUAAUGCCUCAGUGCAACUGAAGAACGUCCAGGUUGUCAAAGGCCGACCACACUAUUACUCAACCAAACGCGAAGAAUACGCCCAGCUCCGCUUCGACCUAGACGCCGACCUAAGCCCCCUCUUCAACUGGAACACAAAACAGCUUUUCGUCUACGUCUACGCUACCUACUCCUCCUCCGAUAUCCCCGGCUCGCAAGUCCGCCUCUCGGAGUCCAUCAUCUGGGACACUAUCAUCCCCGCGACCCCGUCGCCGUAUUCGUGGGAUAUCCUCAAAGAUCAGGUCCUAGCGCUUUUUCCCUCAUCAGUUACAUCUGAGGCUGUGUCCGCUGCGAAGAGGAAUGCCAAGCGCCAUGCUAAGUCGGCUAAGGCGGCUAAGAGUAAGAAGGAGGCUCUUGCGCCCGGGGUUCUGAGACUGCGUGGUCAGAAGGGUAAGUACCAGAUCAGUGAUAUCACUGGUCGUCUGGCGGAACGUCAGAAUGUUACUCUUCAUGUUGGAUGGAAUGUUCAACCUUGGGUUGGGGCUUUGUUGUGGGCGCCUAGUACCGGUGCGGCGCCUAGGACUGCGGGGACCAUUGUUAGCAGUGCGCCUUUUGAUUUCCCCGAAGUGAAGGAUACUAAGAAGGCUGCUGCGGAGAAGAGGGCUAAGGAGGCCGAGAAGGUGGAAAAGGCGAAUGUAUAG